AUGCUAUCCGCAUUCACAGCCCGCCCCCUGGUGGAACUCAAACCGCGCGACCGCUCACGGAUCGAAUCCGUGCUGGCGUAUGGGGACCGCGUGCUGGCGGGGCUGAAUAAUGGGUCGUUGAGGAUAUAUCGCGUGAAUGAGCAGGAAGAGGAACCAGAAGAGGGAGAAGAGGGGGGUGAAGGACAGCAACAUGAGCAGCAUGGUCAGGAUACAGGGAAGGGGGGGAAGAAAGAUACCGAUCAACAAGGGAAUGGCAAUGGAGAGGCAGGGAUAAUCACGAACGGAACUACGAACGGCACCCGGGAGCACAAGAAACCCACGGAGCUACUACGCGAAGUGGAGAAGUUCUCACGAUACAAGAUCGAGCAGUUGGCGCUGAUUAAGGAAGCCAAGGUGCUUGUUUCUCUAUCUGGGGGAUAUGUCUCGCUGCAUGAUCUAGGGACGUAUGCGUUGCAGGAGCAAUUGGGGAAGACGAAGGGGGCGACGACGUUUGCGGUGACGUCGAAUAUCGAGAAUGAUUCCGAAACGGGAGUGCCUGCUAUCGUGUCGAGGGUGGCGGUGGCGGUGAAGAGGAAGAUAAUGCUGUGGGUGUGGCGGGAUAUGGAGAUGGAAGGGGGCGUGCCUAUGGAGAUGACGCUUGUCAGUGGGAUUAAGACGCUGACGUGGGUGUCUGGGACGAGGUUGGUGGCUGGGUUGGGGUCGGGGUUUGUGAUGGUUGAUAUUGAGGGGGGUAGUGGUGGGACGGUGACGGAUUUGACUGGUCCGUCUGGGAUAGGGGGGUUAGGGGGACAGGAGAGUACGGGGAGGUUGGCCGGGGUGGGGGUCGCCAGUAUGAGUUAUAUGGGGCUUGGGGGCAGUGCGCCGAAGCCGUUGGCGACGAGGUUGAAGGAGGGCCAGGUGUUGCUGGCUAAGGAUAUUAACACGCAUUUUAUUGAUGUGCAGGGAAAUUCGCUGGGGAGGAGACAAAUUCCGUGGAGUCAUGCGCCGGCGGAUAUUGGGUACUCGUAUCCGUUCUUGUUGGCGCUGCAUGAUUCCUCGAAGGGAGUGUUGGAGGUACGAAAUCCGGAGACGUUGUCGCUGUUGCAGUCGGUUCCGUUGCCAUCAGCAAGUAUUAUGCAUAUCCCGCAGCCAACGAUUAGUCUGGCGCAUGCUGGGAAGGGGUUCUUGGUGGCGAGUGAUCGGACGAUAUGGCGGAUGGAGGCGCUGAGUUAUGAUACGCAGAUUGACUCGCUGGUCGAGAAGGGGUAUCUGGACGAAGCGAUCAGUCUGGCCAGUAUGCUGGAGGAUGCGCUGCUGAGGGAUAAGCAGGGCCGGCUGCGCCAGAUCAAGCUGGAGAAGGCUGAAGGGCUGUUCAAGAUGCGAAAGUACACCGAUUCGAUGGAUCUGUUUACGGAGAUAUCUGCGCCUCCGGAGACGGUGAUACGACUGUAUCCGAAGAUCAUCGCCGGGGAGCUGUCGUCGAUUGUUGAGGAGCCGGAGGAGUCAGAAGAUGGAACGACAGACAGCCAGCCCAAGACGCAGGAGAACAACAACCCGACGGACGCGCCGGCUACGGAGGAAACGCCAGCGCCGAAGACACUCUCGCAUGCUCCGUCUGUGAUGUCACUUUUACGGACGCGGACAGAUGACGGCAGUGAUGCGGGCAGUAUUCGUGGCAAGGUUGUCGAGGAGGCCAAGAACGACAAGGCGCUGGAAGGUGCCGAUCUCAAGCUGGCUGUUCGUGACCUGCAGAGAUAUCUGGCAGAUGUGCGGAGGCGGUUCCAGCGCUUCUUGAACCCGGAUGGCACGCUAAAGGUGAUUGAUGCGACGACGGACGGCGCGAACGAUGCCUUAACGGACUCGGUCAUGAAGCUGCUGAGCAUUGAUCCGGAGGGUGAGUACGAUCUCGGGGAGAAGCUGCGGGAAAAGGCCAGGCUCGUGGACACGACUCUCUUCCGAGCGUACAUGUACGCUAUUCCAGCUCUGGCAGGCUCGUUGUUCCGCAUUGCCAACUUCUGUGAUCCAGAUGUGGUGAUGGAAAAAUUGGAGGAGACGGGGCGUCACAACGAUCUGAUUGACUUUUUGUACGGAAAGAAGCUGCACCGACAAGCGUUGGAGCUGCUUCAGAAGUUCGGACAGGCCGACGAUGAAGAAGAGACGGCGCCGCAGCUGCACGGGCCGAAGCGAACAGUCAAUUAUCUACAGAAUCUGUCUCCAGACCAUAUUGACUUGAUCCUCGAGUUCGCUGAAUGGCCAGUACGACAGGAUCCUGAGCUGGGCAUGGAGAUAUUCCUGGCAGAUACGGAGAACGCGGAGACGCUGCCGCGGGAACGAGUGCUAGACUUCCUGCAGGGCAUUGAUGUCAAUCUGGCCGUCCGCUACCUGGAGCAUAUCAUUGGGGAGUUGAAUGAUAUGACACCGGAUCUGCAUCAGAAACUGCUCAUCCUGUACUUGAACCGGCUGAAGAAGCACCAGGCUAAAGAGUGGGAGUUCUCUAGUCUGGAUGACUAUGUUAAUUGGCAGAGCAAGUUCUUGAAUAUGCUCAGGUCCAGCUCUCAGUAUUCUCCGGCUAAGAUUCUGGAUCGAUUGGACCGAGACGAUCCUGAAUUCUUCGAGGCACGAGCGAUUGUCUUCAGCAAGAUGGGGCAACACCGGCAGGCACUGGAGAUUUAUGUAUUCAAGUUGGAAGACUACGUCAAGGCUGAAGAAUACUGUAAUCAUCUCCAUAAAGUGGAGGAUACGACUGCUGCGGAUGGAUCGGUUUCGCGCUGCGUAGCUCUACUACCAUACGAAGAUGACAAACCAUCGAUUUAUUUGACUCUAUUGUCUCUAUAUCUAUCUCCGCCGCAUGGCUACAAGCCACGGUACGGGCCCGCGCUUGAGGUGCUGGCCAAACAUGGAUCCCGGCUGCCACCCAAUUCUGCUCUGGAUCUGAUCCCAGAAUCGCUCCCGGUCAAGGAGCUCGAGUUCUAUUUCAAGGGCCGUAUGCGGGCCGCCAACACAAUCCUUAACGAGAGCCGGAUCGUGGCCAACCUUCAAAAGGCAGAAGACAUCAAGACACAGGCGCAGUUAUUGGUAGGAGAGGGAACGGACGGGCGAUCGACGCGCUCACGACAUGUCACCAUCACCGAAGAGCGGGUCUGCGGCAUCUGCCACAAGCGGAUCGGAGGCAGUGUGAUUAAUGUGUUUCCGGAUAAUACGGUUGUCCAUCUUGGCUGUGCCAAUCGCAUGCGUUGA